UAAAGUGCUCACCUGGAGAAAAGCCGGGAUUGAUGGCUCAUCGCUUUAGCGGAGUUUGAAUGUGUUAGCAUGGAAUGCUAAUGCCUGAUAGAGCGAACGUUCUAGCUAACAGAAUCACAGCGUAGUUUGUCACUGAGUCUCUUCUCACAGGCGGGGAGUUUUCCUCGGUGGUGACUGCUCGAACAGUUCAGGGAAAAUAAUUUAACAGCAGGCAAACAAAUGUAAAGAGACGCGGCUGUGUGUGUGUGUGGGGGGGGUUGUUCAGAAGUGCGAGCUGUAAGGAGUGGAGUUAAAGCUAACCGCAAUGUUUCACUCAGGUUCGGGAAGAAGCACCGAAUUUCUCUCAUGGAGAAGUUAAGUUCAACUAAAGUUUUUUGACUGCAUUGCAGAGGUACAGGGAUAGAAAACUACAAUUCCAACUGCUCCUGUGAUUUGCUCCACUAUGCUCCUUUGCUGAUCAUCUCAUGUUGUGAGGAUCGUGAGCAGUCUGUCCUGAAUGGCUGUGUGCAGAAGAAGCGUGUCGUUUUGUGGAGGUUACAUUCAGAGCCGCAACUGCCAGCCACUGAUAAAGAAACAGAGCUGGAAUGUAUGGCAGGUGGCGUUAAAUGCCCCCUGUAGGUCUUUGAGCAGUGGAUCAUGGGCCUUGGCUCCUCCAAACAGCCUUCGUUGUCAGUCUGUCCAGAAACCGUCCCCACCUAACCCAUUCCAUUAUGUGUCCUUGUUGAGAGAGCAAACUCCAGAAGAAAACUGGGAGGAGACCCUUAGUAUGUAUGUUCUGCUCAAACACAGAGAAGCAGUCGAUCAGCACACACUGGUGGAGGUUCCGCUGUUUGGACAAAUCAAACUGAGUGAGCUCCUGGCGCUGGGAGCCAACCGUCCCACUGACUUUUCUUUCCCUUUAACCACUGUUGAUGGAAGAAGAGAAGAUGACAUUAGUGUUACUGGAGAGUCAAGGACCGAGUUGAAACCAGAUCGAGAGCAGAGCUCAUUUCGGAGUUUGUUCGAGGCUGAAAGAUGUCCUGCGCCGUUCGUGUUGGGAUCACGCUUUUAUUGCUUUCACUGUCCUGGAACAGAGCCUGUACCUGAGACUGGAGAUAAGCUGAGAAUUGAACAUGCCACCUUUCCACAUUCUUUUCGCUCUCUCUGUAGUUAUGCAGAGACAGAACACAUGGACAGGGGUUCCAGUCAGAAGGACAAUGAGAAUGAGGAGAAAUUGGCACUGAUGCAUGAAAAGCUCAGGAUUGAGCUCCCCAGUUUUUUUCUGAAGAAUCAUGAUUACAGCAUGUAUUCUAACAACGUGGAGUUCAUCAACAACCUUCUCAACAUGAAAACCAGAGGCCGUGUAGCGUAUCAGCUGACCCUGGCGCUGUGGAGACUCCUGUGCUUGUGCUAUUACGCAGACGCACAGAUGGAGGUGCUGAAGCUGACCAAGCACCCAGAGGACGGCUCGAUCAAAGCGCGCUGGAGGGUCAAAGGGUUGCCCUUUCACACUCUUCUCUUCCGCUUCUACAAGAAGGAUAAAAGCCAGUUUUACAGAACUUUUGAUGCAUUCUCUACCUUCUAUCUGGGCUCUGACGGACUCAUACACUGUCAUAAAGUUGAAAAGGUAAUGCAGGCUCAGCCACCUGUGCUGCCCAAAGUGACAUCGGUGCUGGCAGGAGCUCUGGUGGCUCUGGGGCUUCAAGAGAAUCGUCCAGCUCUUAAUCUUCUCCCAAUGAUCCUCUCCACCUUGAGACAAGCUCAAGAUUAAAGAACACUGGACGGACAUGGCACCGCACACCUACGUGUGGGUAGAGGGAGAAAUAUACAUUUCUGUUGAUGGUGAGAAGGACUAGGAUCCAUUCUCGUAGAGAAGAACGAUAGAUUUGGAGCAGUGAGAUGUUCCUGAUGAUGGGUAACAAAAGAGAUGAGCACAGUCCUCUUAACUGUUGAAUAUUAAGUGAUACUGUACCAUACGACAUCCCAAAGCUCUGUCGAAGUAAGCUGAUAUAGGAUUCACUACACCAUUUACUUCCAUUCUGUUUACUGUUUAAAAUCUUCAUUGGAUUAAAAUGUCUGGAAUGGUAACAUCCUUAAAAUCGCAUUAACAGAAUCAUCGCCCAUAAAAAGGAGAAAUGAAAACGCACACCUAGGCCGUGUCAUACCGUAAAUACUGUUUACCUUUAGGAGUACAAUCGUCUUAAAUGCUGUCGUGAUGAUUUUCUGGAAGAAAUUUGUCAAGAGUAGCAAAUAUUUAAUACUCAAGCACAUUUCUUUAUCAAACUGUAAAAACAUACAUGCAACUAUUAGGAUGUUUUUUGCUCCUGCGUAGGAUGAGGAACUAGUCUGGUUGAUGGUAAGAUGAACGAGUAAUUACCCUCGGGGACCUCAGGACUUGGAACAAAUUCCACAAAGUGAGUUGUUUAGUUUGACGCAGAAUUAAAAUAAGUCAGCGCAGCUAUGAUUGUUUAAGGCAGAUACAUAGAGCUUAUUCAGUACGCAUACUUGCUUUUAAUCGCCUGUUACACAAAGUGAAGUAGUUGUUGUGUUUAUCUUGGCUGUAGCACAGAGCAAAAAGCACAGACUAAUGUCAGGGUUCAGUUACGGUCAGUUAUAUACAGGGUGUUUCAAAAAAUUUGAUAUUUAUUUGAGAUGUAAAUAUCCCAGAAACUGGGGCGGCACGGUGGUGUAGUGGUUAGCGCUGUCACCUCACAGCAAGAAGGUCCUGGGUUCGAGCCCCGGGGCCGGCGAGGGCCUUUCUGUGCGGAGUUUGCAUGUUCUCCCCGUGUCCGCAUGGGUUUCCUCCGGGUGCUCCGGUUUCCCCCACAGUCCAAAGACAUGCAGGUUAGGUUAACUGGUGACUCUAAAUUGACCGUAGGUGUGAAUGUGAGUGUGAAUGGUUGUCUGUGUUAGCCCUGCGAUGACCUGGCGACUUGUCCAGGGUGUACCCCGCCUUUCGCCCGUAGUCAGCUGGGAUAGGCUCCAGCUUGCCUGCAACCCUGUAGAAGGAUAAAGCGGCUAGAGAUAAUGAGAUGAGAUAUCCCAGAAACUAGAUACUCUAAGGAAAUGAAACCGAACAGGCUUAAUGUUGAGCAAUAUAAGAUUUAUUCCUCAAAAUUUAAAUGAGAAAUUCAAAAAGUAUGUGGAUUCUAUGAACGAUUUCACAAAUUUUCAAUAUGUGCGCUGCCUGAAGCGCGCGCACAGCCUUCCUGUUUGAAGUGUUUGUGCCAUGUCCAAAUCUGCACUGCAGUUGGUGCGUUUUUAGAGAAUAAAUGCACGCUGCACACAGUCUUGUUCAAGCAUACUCUAACACACAAAACGUCUUUUCUUUUCCAGUGAAUGGCAUUUCUAUAUACCUAAAAGGAUUUUUAAAAAAUACAAUUUUGACCGGGCGGCACAGUGGUGUAGUGGUUAGCGCUGUCGCCUCACAGCAAGAAGGUCCGGGUUCGAGCCCCGUGGCCGGCGAGGGCCUUUCUGUGUGGAGUUUGCAUGUUCUCCCCGUGUCCGCGUGGGUUUCCUCCGGGUGCUCCGGUUUCCCCCACAGUCCAAAGACAUGCAGGUUAGGUUAACUGGUGACUCUAAAUUGACCGUAGGUGUGAGUGUGAAUGGUUGUCUGUGUCUAUGUGUCAGCCCUGUGAUGACCUGGCGACUUGUCCAGGGUGUACCCCGCCUUUCGCCCGUAGUCAGCUGGGAUAGGCUCCAGCUUGCCUGUGACCCUGUAGAAGGAUAAAGCGGCUAGAGAUAAUGUGAUGUGAUGUGUGACAAUUUUGACCGGACGGCACGGUGGUGUAGUGGUUAGCGCUGUCGUCUCACAGCAAGAAGGUCCGGGUUCGAGCCCCGUGGCCGGCGAGGGCCUUUCUGUGUGGAGUUUGCAUGUUCUCCCCGUGUCCGCGUGGGUUUCCUCCGGGUGCUCCGGUUUCCCCCACAGUCCAAAGACAUGUAGGUUAGGUUAACUGGUGACUCUAAAUUGACCGUAGGUGUGAAUGUGAGUGUGAAUGGUUGUCUGUGUCUAUGUGUCAGCCCUGUGAUGACCUGGCGACUUGUCCAGGGUGUACCCUGCCUUUCGCCCGUAGUCAGCUGGGAUAGGCUCCAGCUUGCCUGUGACCCUGUAGAACAGGAUAAAGCGGCUACAGAUAAUGAGAUGAGAUGAUAUCACUUUUUUUUUUUGAAACACCCUGUUUAAUAUUAGUGGAACCGUUUAUCAUUUACACCACGGCAAUGUCGAAUUCCUCAAAUGGCCAAUAUCCACAAUGGGGGGAAAGUCUUUAGAACAGAGGAUACUGGUUUGCAGUCUCUCUAAAGCAUAGGUGAUGAGUGUUUCACGGAAAUCCCAUAUCAUUAAAAUGCAACUAUAAAUGGAUAAAAAGGACAUGUUUGGUUCAUUUAAUUAAAAGAAAAGUAAUAUAAGAGGAAUAAAACACUCCACAACAUGGUGUUUUUACAGUAUAUCAGAGUAACUCCGACCUCUUCGCACCACCUGGUCGUUGAUUAGUUUCCUAUAACAGUAUAUUCCUUUAGUAAUGGCUUUUAACACUAUACUGUAUUGUUUCAUACAUCCCUCACUGCUAACUGAGUAAUGUUGGUAUAGUCCAUGACUAUAGUUAAUCCCCCAGUGUGGAUAAAACGUGUUUCUCUGUAGCCUUUUGACUGAUUUAGGUGUCAAUUAAAUAAUCAGGGAUUAGUGUAGCUUACCUGAACGGCCUGCAAAAUUCCUAGUCAUAAGAACUCGCUCUUCUGGUUGGAGCCUUGGACAUAGAUGAUGGCAGUUUGAGGUACCAUCAGUCCAUGUAAGUGCACAUAAUAGAUGUCCAGUUAUUGACUAGUGGAAUUUUCUCACACUUUUUAAAAAUAAAAAAAUUGCUUUCUCAGCAUUGUGGUUGGCUGGACGUCUUUUGGUAAGAUGAUCCAGAAGUGAAACUGAGAUGUUUAACCUUAUGUCAGUGCGAAAACUCUGAUCAGGGGUGGGUUUCCUGAAAGCAUCGUAGCACAAAGAUCAUCGUUAAAUGAUAGAGUGAGAAUCACAAUGAACACACUCUUUUUCUCCUAGUUAAGAUGCUCUUUGCAUUAAGAGCACCCCCAGAACGGUCCACAAAUCAAAUCAGCGGUAGUCUGGUGGUGGUCACUUUUCUAAAGCUGUAUACUGAGGGGGGAAAAAAAAAAAGCACCAAUAUGGUAGGUUCACCUGAUAAAAUGGCAGUCUUGAAAAAAACACAACUCCUUUGCACUUGUGCCUCACUUGUACACUGCUCUUUUAGUGAGAAACAGUUCUGCCUUAACAGGAAAUCUGUGACUGACGAGUGAGGGACAGAAAAGGGGUGUCCUAUACUUCUGAAUGAAACACAGCCGUGACUUUAUCUCGUAUCUGUUUUUGCUUUUCAUGUCCUAAUCAAUACAAAAUGAGUGAAAAUGUGCCAACUGAUUCAGGAGCUGUUGAUUAAUUCCCUGCCCGACUUGCAAACCAAGCUCAGAUGACUAGACAAAACAUACAUUACCAUAUGUAUGCCAAAAGUUUGUGGACAUCUGACCUUAACACUUUUUUAUAUUGUGCUUGCUGAACAUCCCAUUCCAGAUUUAUUUUCCCGUUACUGUUAUCAACGCCAUUCUUCGGCGAAGACUUUCCAUUAGAUUUUUGUUCAUUCAGCCAUAAGCACAUUAGUAAGAUCAGGUACUGAUCUUGACUGAGGAGGUCUGAGAUGUAGUCUGUGUUCCAAUUCAUCCCCAAAAGGUGUGCAGUGGGGUUGAGGUCAGGGCUCUGUGCAGGACUCUUCCACACCAAACUUGGCAAGCCAUGUCUUCAUGGGUUGCUUUGUGCACAGGGGCAUUGUCAUGCUGGAACAGGUUUGGGUCUCUUAGUUCCAGUGAAGGGAAAUCUUAAAGGUACAUCAUAAAGAGAGCCUAUAGAAUUGUGUGCGUUUGUGACAACAGUUUGGGGAAGAACCUCACACAAGUGUCCAUGUACUUUUGGUCAUCUAGGGUCAUUCCGCUCAAGUAAAUCCAUAAAACAGGAGUGGAUUGUCUGUCUGCUGCAUAAAUAUGCAAAUUUUAUUAGCAUGUGGUGUUUUAUUGAUCAGUGUUCUAUUCUGAGCCAAGUUUAUGUUCUUUGACAAGAUUUUGAAAUCAAGUCUGGGGGGGAUCUGUAAUACGUCUGAUCUACAUGAAACUGAAUUGUUGGUCUGAUGCUGUGAUGCUUAUUUAUUUGCUGCCAUUAACCCAAAUUCUGGUAUGAAAACGUGGAUAAUAAAGUGUACAGGCAAUGUUUAA